AUGUCGCACCCUGCAGUAGUUUUGAAAAGCGACAGCUGUAGCUGGAGAGUUUUUAUCGCCUGCUCUCACAAAACACUUUCUCUCUUUUCUCUCUCUCUCUCUCUCUCUCUCUCUCUCUCUCUCUCUCUCUCUCUCCUCUAUGUCUCUAUCUUUCUUUGUCUCUUUCCAUCACACACUUUCUCUUAUCUCUGUUUAGUUCCCCCCUCUCAGUACCUCUCUCUUCGUUUUACUUCCAAUUACUAUCCCUCCCACUUCCUUUUACUUCCUAUUUCUAUCCCUCCUUCUUCCUUUUACUUCCUAUUACUAUCCCUCUCUCUUUUUUUACUUCCUAUUACUAUCCCUCCCACUUCCUUUUACUUCCUAUUUCUAUCCCUCCUUCUUCCUUUUACUUCCUAUUACUAUCCCUCUCUCUUUUUACUAUUCCUUUUUUUUAUUACUAUCCCUCCCACUUCCUUUUACUUCCUAUUUCUAUCCCUCUCUUUUUUUCUUCCUUACUAUUUUACUUUUUCCUAUUACUAUCCCUCUCUCUUUUUUUUACUUCCUAUUACUAUCCCUCCCACUUCCUUUUACUUCCUAUUUCUAUCCCUCCUUCAAACUUCCAUGCUCUGUUCAUAG